AUGGAAGAGCAAAAGCGCAGUAUGGGUGAUGUGGCUGCAGUUGCAGUCCCUCCCAUGCAGACAAGCGAGAGCAACAAGAUUUCCAUCAUCAUCUCCCCAAGGGCUGCAACCUCCAAGAUUAUGCCAUUUGAGCUGAUCCAUGCCGGCAGCGUCAGCUCACGACCACAUGCUGAUGUUGCUGAAUCCUCUGUUGCACAUGCAAUUCAUCAUCACCGAUGGAAUCAAGGCUUACAAAAGAUCAAUGCAGUUCCUCUGAUCAAGAAGCAUGAUGGCGCCGAGAGUCUGCUCGGCAUUGCAACCUCUGCAGGUUUAGCUGUCACUGUUCUUGUGCUGUCCCUCAUCCACAUAUCUGGCUGCCACCUGAACCCAGCAGUCAGCAUCGCCAUGGCUGUAUUUGGCCACCUCCCACUUGCUCACAUCCUGCCUUACGUGGCUGCACAAAUUCUGGGCUCCGUUGCUGCCUCCUUCACUGUCAAGGGCAUCUAUCAUCCGGUGAAUCCUGGGAUCGCCACCAUACCGAAGAUUGGCACUACUGAAGCUUUCUUCCUUGAGUUCAUCACGACAUUCGUGCUUCUGUUCAUCAUCACCGCUCUGGCCACUGAUCCCCAUGCAGUGAAAGAGUUGAUAGCAGUGGCAGUUGGGGCAACAAUAAUGAUGAAUGCUCUUGUCGCAGGACCGUCAACAGGAGCAUCAAUGAAUCCUGCACGCACACUUGGACCGGCAAUUGCAACCUGUAUAUACACUCAGAUUUGGAUCUACAUGGUGGCAACGCCACUGGGCGCUAUAGCUGGAACUGGAGCCUAUGUUGCAAUUAAGCUGUAG